UCAAACGACAAACUCUUGAAUCGAAUAGGGUGUGUUAAGAGCCGCACGAGGGCGUGCAAGUUGAUUGUGUUAUCAGUAGUAGGGCUGCUCUUAUUGCUGCUAGUCAUAACAUACGCAAUAGAGGCGCCCGGAGGAGACUCAGCCACCAUGGCACCACCUAGCUGUAUAUUUUGUGAUAUCUCAAGCGGUAAAGUACCCCAAACUAAACUGGAGGUGGAGACGGACGAAUACGUUAUUUUCAAGGAUAUAAAACCUGCGUCUACGUACCAUUACCUGGCAGUGCCAAAGCAACAUUACGAAAGCCUAGAAGUACUCAACAAGUCUCACGACGGCCUGAUUACACGAAUGGAGGAUGGUUUGAAAAAAUUCUUAGUAUCGAAAAACAUAAACACAUCAGAUGCUCUUUUUGGAUUCCACUUGCCACCGUUUAUCACAGUUAAACAUUUGCAUAUGCAUGCCAUUGCUCCCCGUUCGGAAAUUGGCAUAAUAUAUCGCAUGGUAUUCCGGCCUUCAACGCCAUGGUUUAAAACGGUGAGUGAGUCUCGCGACUAUUUGAAAAGAAACGAACUUUAGCGGAGCGAUGAUGGUAGCGACAGUUUUGUAAAAUGGAUUCAAUGCACUGAAACGGAUAUGCAUGUAUGUAUGCCACACAGGAGGCAUAUUUAUACGUAUGUUUCAAUAAAUUAUGGUGAUGGGCGUUACGGAUAAAGAGUUUAACAUCACUUGCUUACACACAGACAAUUUGUGUACAAAUGGCCUUCCAGUAGUAUAUUUUUUCUCUAAUUAGAUGUAGGAAUUACGUUAAUAAAUAAGC